CUAAACAGUGAGGGGAGGAGCCAGGGAGUUGAGAGAGGGAGAGAAGGAGGGAGAGAAGGGAGGUAGAGAGAAAAAGCAGACGGGCUGCUGAAAAUGGAGAGCACACGGAGAAAGGUGAUCGGAGAUUAUUCAAGAGCAUGUCAAAAUAGGAAGACCACAACAGUUACACUAAACUCAAAAUAGGGAAUAACUCCACCGCAUAGACCCAUUUAGAAGAAGAAUCCAGCCUGCGAGAACAACAUUUAGCUGUUUGAUUUCAGUACAAGAUCAAGUCAGUAAAAGAGAGAAGGUGUUUCUCAGUAUGAGUCGAGAUGGGCGGAGGAAGAGGGACAGGGAUGACAACGGUUGGGCUUCCAGGGGUGGCUACAUGGCUGCUAAGGUGUCCAAGCUGGAUGAGCAGUUUAAGAUGGACGCCCCCAGAGAGAAACAGAAAGAUGGAGCCUGCCCUAGCAUCUUCACUGGGGUGGCCAUCUAUGUCAACGGGUACACAGACCCCAGUGCGGACGAGCUGCGCAGGCUGAUGAAGCUGCAUGGGGGUCAGUUUCACAUGUACUACUCCCGCUCCAAGACAACCCACAUAAUCGCCACCAACCUGCCCAACAGCAAGAUACAGGAGCUGAGGGCCCAGAAGGUGGUCCGGCCGGAGUGGAUCACUGACAGUGUCAAGGCUGGCCAUCUCCUGUCCUACCUGCAGUACCAGCUCUAUGCCAAGCAGAAAGGCCUGAGCUUCCCCAGUGUGUGUGUUCGCCAGGGCCAGGAGGCAGCAGGACCCAGCCACAGCCUCCCUGUACCCAGCCUCAAUAACCUCAUACCUGGCCUCAACAACCCAGCCCCCAGCCUUGGGAAGCCCCUAUCCAGCCAACACACUCCCACAUCCAGCCACAGUCAUCUACACAUAGACAAUCUCCUCCCCCAGCCCAGCCCCUCGCUCCCCCUCCCCAGUCACCUCAACCCCCAACCCAGCCCCUCGCUCCCCCUCCCCAGUCACCUCAACCCCCAGCCCAGCCCCUCGCUCCCCCUCCCCAGUCACCUCAACCCCCAGCCCAGCCCCUCGCUCCCCCUCCCCAGUCACCUCAACCCUCAGUCCAGACACUUUAGCCCAGGACACUGCUUCCUCAGCCCCUACUCCUCCAAUCACCUCUACUCUGACCCAGGACACAUCCCCCAUCACCCACCCAGCCAAGGGCAGCCCAAGCCAGGCUGCAUCCGGCCUCUUGCUCCAGCCGACACCCACUUACAGACCCCCGGUCCCGUCCCAGCUCACCCCAGCCAUGAGCACUCUAAACCUGGGCAUGCGCAAACUCAGUCCAGCCUCUCCUUCUCCAGCCACCUCCAGCACAGCUACCGGGAUCUGGACUUCAGACUAAAUGGAUCAUUACUGACCUCCUAUGACAAGACGAGGACCGCCCAAAUAAACUGGGUGCAAGAGGGGGGGAGGGGAGGACCCCUGUCCUGUCAGACCCCCCAGAGGGGCAACGGACCCCCCUCUGACCAACGGUCACGCCCACCCUGUGAAUGGUGCCUUAAAGCCUCUGGAUCUCUCCCCCAACCCCACACGACCCACAGACACACUCCUGAACCCUGACAGGAAGUCCACGGGGGGGUCUGUGUCCCUGCAUCCUGCCAGCCCCCUAUCCACCUCCCCUUUGAAAUCUGACCCCCCCAAACUUCUCCAGAGCCCCCCCCAGAAACACAACCCCUCCCCUUGUGUCUCACCACAGACAACUGGCCAAUGAACAGAGACCCAAACCCCCGCCGCCCACCUAUCAGGAGGCGACGGCUGCCUUGGCGUCCCGCCCCCUCGAUCUCCCACCUCCGAAGCCCCGUCAAUCAGAUUCCCCUCCUGAGAAGCCCCUCCCCCUU